UGAAAACAAGUGUUUCCACAUGCGCAAACGCUCCAGACAGUAGGAAUGCCCAGUACUUCAUUUGGUGAUAAGACCGACACUCUCUGUACGGCAAGGAUAGGCUUGGUUUUACUUUCGGCGCCAGUCGACGGAAGCCUAUCUGAAGCGAGCAAGACGCCCGUCUGCCCACGGCAAUGGUUCUUUUUUUUUUCCUCCACCCCUCGCGUCUGCAUAUAUAGGGGGUCCUUCCCUUUGCCGUCCAAGCUCCCAACAUCCCAAGAGAUAACCAUUGCUCCUGCCUCUUGUUCAGCCCUGUGAUGGAUGAAGCUUGCAACGAGGCUCUGUGCCGUGAGGCCGCCUGCGUUUGGCAAGGAGAAGGAGAAGAUCACCCUGACGCUGCUUCUUGCACCUCGCCCUCGGGAACGUCCAGCGGGUCGUCGUCAUGCUCAUUGGGGUUGAAUCUGGGUGAUGGGUCGACUUACUCCCCACCUGAUGAUUAUUCUUCGGAGUUGUCUUCAGCGUCGUCGAGCACCUUGCAUCUGGACUCCGAGGCAGAGGGGCCUCUCUACGAGCUGUCUUCGCUGCUAGCCCAGCUUCCUGCCAGGAGAGGGUUGUCCAAGUACUACCCAGGGAAGUCCCAAUCAUUCACAUGGAUAUCUAAUGCUACAUGUCUUCAAGACCUUGGAAAGGAAGUUACCUACAGCAAGAGGAUGAAGACAUGCAAGAGCUACGCAGCAGGAUUAGGCAUGAACCAGCGGUCAAAUCACUUACCGAGGACAUGCAACAAGAUGAUAGCCAAGAGGCCCUCAAAAAGUUCAUUUGCUUGUCAAAUGUCCAGAGCAAGCAGCACCAACCUCUUGUACAGGAGUGCCAAUUUACCUGCACACCAGAACAAGGAAGAUGUACAAAUGCAUAUGAACUCUUAACUAGCUACAACUAUAAUGCCAGGACUCCACUUCCUAUGAACAUACAGUACUUACUGUACACUUUCACAUGGAAAUUCAAACUAAUUUCUCAUUCUGAGAUCA